AUGAUUCUUUUUGCAUGUCUCACAUCAAAUAGUAAUGGGAAAAGGCAAAGUGAAGCUCUUUACCGUUUAAACAAAAACAAGUUGAAAGCUAAUACAGAAAUAGACACAAGACCUUUCAUCCCUAUUUUCGAUUUCCCGCAAGAACGAAUUCUAUCACAGGAAGGGUUGAAAGAGGAGGACCUAAUAACAUAUUUGCCCGGGCAACCGCCAGUUAACUUCAGCCACUAUAGUGGAUAUGUCUCUGUGGACAUUGUUGCCGAACGAGCUCUCUUUUAUUACUUUGUUGAGGCUGAUCCAGAAAAAUCGAGCAAUUUGCCGCUUGUUCUCUGGCUUAAUGGAGGACCUGGUUGUUCUUCUCUUGGUUACGGAGCAAUGGAGGAACUGGGUCCAUUUCGGGUUUGUAGUGACGGGAAAACGCUCUAUGAAAACGAAUAUGCAUGGAAUCGUGUUGCAAAUGUGUUAUUUUUGGAGACACCUGCUGGCGUUGGGUUCUCAUACUCAAAAACCAAAAGCGAUGUAAUGAAAAGUGGCGACAAUGAAACGGCUAUUGACAAUUAUGUGUUUUUGUUGAACUGGUUGGAGAAAUUUCCAGAAUACAAGUACAGAGACUUGUACUUAGCUGGGGAAAGCUAUGCUGGGCACUAUGUGCCCCAGUUGGCUCUCAACAUUCUCCAGCACAACAUAAAUGGUCCAAAUAUUAUCCGAUUGAAAGGGAUAUUUAUUGGGAAUGCUUGGAUCAACGACGAGACCGACAACAAAGGGAUGUAUGAAAAUCUUGAAACCCAUGCUUUGAUUUCUAAUGAGACAUUGAACCAAUUGUUGGAGUAUUGUAAUUUUUCUGAGAAGGCUAAAGUUUCAAAUCAAUGCAAUAAAGCUUAUGGUGAAGUUGGUAAAGACAUAGGCGUUAUUGAUAUUUAUAAUAUCUAUGCUCCAUUGUGCUUGAAUUCCAACCUCACCAAAACUCCCCAGAGUGCUUCCGUACUUAAUUUUGACCCCUGCAGUGACAAUUAUGUACAGGCAUACCUCAAUAGACCUGAGGUUCAAAAGGCACUUCACGCGAAUGUCACCAACAGCAUACCCUAUGAUUGGUCAUUUUGCAGGUGUGGUUAA